CACUCCCCCCGCCCCGAGUCCAUCCUUCAUGAAGCCUGCCGCCGCCUGCCGCCGCUCAAACGUGGAGGGAAGGACAAGGAGAGGGACGCUCGCCGCAGCCUGCGCGGGUUUAUUGUUAGCCCUGUGAAAUUUACGGCGUUGUCGACACAUUUAGUGCAUUUCUUUUUUAAAUCUCCAGCGCAGGACCGAAAGGGACGGACUGUUUGUUUCUCCGGGAGUCUCCGACAGCAGCAAGGACACUGAAGUGUGAAAGGAACUGGCCAAUCAAGACGAGUGUGAACCCCUGGACCUUGCAAGGAAGCAGCAACAUUGGCAUCCACACCUUUUUAGGAGGAGGGAAUGAAACCGGAUGGGGAUACCAUGGAAACCACGGAGCCCACUGAAGCUGCAGCAGAGCCCUCCUCAUCACAGGACAACACAACGGAGCAAGCCCCAUCGCAAUCACAAGAAGCUGCAAAUGAUGCUGCGCCCGUGGCUGCUCCGAAGGCCAAUGGCAAGCCAGCGGCAGGAGACCUAAAAGUCAAACCAAAAGCUGUUGCGGCUAAAACACAGUCCUCAGCCAAAUUGACAGGGGCGUCUGGAUCACGACCAGGUACUGCCUCGUACCGCACAACGAAUGACGUCAGAUCCUCCAAUAAUGCUUCUGCAGCUGCAAUCAAGAAGACGUCAACUACAGCAAAAGCAUCAGCAGCCGGAGCUGUACCUAAAAGGCCGGUGGGUGUAGCAGCAGUUUCUUCCACAGUCAAAAAACAAUCUAGAGUGCCUGAUAAGAAGCCUGUUGGACCGGCCAGGACUACCUCUGUUGCUGCUGCCACAGCAACAAAUGGAACCAAACCAACAACAGUGAAUGGCAUUCCUAAGAAGAGACCAGUAGCUGAGACUGUUAACGUAGCAAGACCCAAAACCACAGUGUCUGCCAGCAGAGCAGCGGCGUCCACUGCCCCAAAACCCAGCACUUCGACCACAACAAAAGCUGGUGGUCCCGCAGGCGUUUUAAAGACCACCAGGCCUGCUACAGCUCCCUCAACAUCUAGAACUGCAUCCACGACAUCUAGGCCCACCACAGCUACAGUAAAGCCCUCCACUACUGCAACUGCCAAAACUGCAGCCUUUCGAGUCACCACAGCACCAUCUUCUGGCAGGACCACAGCGACACAGGUUCCCAAAGCUGCUGCUGCUAAGAAAGAUGUCGGUCGACCACCUUCUGCUGCAGUGGCCAAGAAGCCUACAACAGCUACAGCAUCCGCUACUACCAAAAAACCUGAACCCUCUAGAACCACAACCACCGUAAAGCUCAACUCUGCCUCCAAAUUGUCCACAACAGCGAAGGCAGCAGACCCCAAGGUGUCACAGUCCAAAACUCAACAACCUGUAAAAUCAACUCUCACAAAGAAACCCGUAGCUGCUGUUUACUCCCUUGCAAAUAACAAACAGCCCCUUGGUCGAACCCCACCUGGAUCUCCAGCAAACAGACUUGCAAACAGCAGCAAGCCGGCAAAGAGCAGCACCCCUAGUGGAACCAAACCCACUCAGGCUGUCCCACCUUUCACUGCUGCCAAGAAGACGGGGGUUUCUAGUGCUAGUGCAAAACUAGCAGCAAUAGCGCAAACGGAGUCCCUCCCACAAGGAUCAUCACUUGCUGCAUCUACACCAGAAGAGGUCCCUCCCCCAGUCUUGGCCCAAGAUGCCACACCAGAGAUGGUACCUCAAGAGACUACUCAAAGUCAUGCAGCUGCUCCGUCUCCUCCGCAAAGCCCUGUAAAGGCAGACUUACCACAAACUUCUCCACCCCAGCUCGAGAGCAGUGCUCCCUUAAUAUUAAUGCAGGAACAGACCCUUGAUCCAGCUGAGCUUACAUUACCACCAGUGGCAUGUCCUCCAAAUCUAUCUGAGGAGCCUGUUUACCUCUUAACAGACCAAACCCCCUCCACAUCUAAAGCACUCCCAGCAGCAGCAAAUGCCAUCUCUCUGAUUGUUCCGCCCAAUAAUCUAAAUGAGGAGGAGGAGGAUGAAGAAGAAAGGGAGGGAAGCCAGCUGGUUUCUGUGUCUGAAAUGAGUGGAACAACACAGCCCACAGAGGAGUCUCGUCCCGGGUCGGCUGGACCGAUAGGAGGGUCUGCUUGGAGGGCCGGUGGGGCCCUGCUUUCUGAGCUGGACUCUGAGGAGGUGAGCGGCAGCCAGCAGGGUGCAUCUGAACUGAGCGCCCCUGGUGUCCUGGAGGGCACAGAGAGCAUGGACGAUCUGGGAGACGGCAGUCUCAAAGGAGCCAUCGACAUGGAAGGGGCCUCAGCAGGUUCACCUGACUUUGAGAAGGUUCCUGACAUACCAGCUAAUGACUUUGAUGAGGAUGAAGAUGAGGACGAUGAUGAUGAUCGGGUGUGUGACAUGGAUGUGGGUUCAGAGCGGGCAGAUGAACCACAGAGACCAAGGGAUGACAAUGAUGUGGAUGAUGAUGAGGAUGAAGAUGUGGAGAUGGCUAGUGAGGGAGUGACGGAGAGUGGGCUGGAAAGCUACGGGAAUGCAGAUGAGGAUGACUUUGCUGAGGAUGAGAGGCUGGACAACUUAAACCGAGUGGCCGAGCCCCCACCUCCCCCUCUGCUGCCCGCUGCCCCCGCUGCUCAGUGGGACCAACCAAACCCCUUUGCUGAUCCCUGGGCAGAACCUCCUCUGCCACAGGAGGUUGUAGAGCACAUAUCCCAGGCUGCAGGAGCGGCGGCCGCGAGCCCUUUGGCAGACCCCUGGCAAGCAGACUCUGAGACCCCCACUCAGACUCCAGCCCAAGCUUGGCUGGAACUAGGCUCUGCUUCUUUUGUUCCUGAAAACCAACAAGGUCCCAAUCAUCCCACUGACAAAGAUGAGCCACAAGAUCUAGGGGCCCAAAUGUACAUGAAUCAGUCCAGCCCAGCACCAAUGCAGACCCUCGCCCCGGCUCCUCUCUCUGCUCCAGGAAUGUCUCUGUCAAGCACCCUGAGCAGUGAGACCAGCACACCAGAGGAGCUCUGUGACUACAACCGAGACGGGAAACUCCAGCCUCAAGACGUGCAAGUCCCGCUGCUUUCCCCUCAGCCGGACCUGGACCGGGAGGGAGAAGACGAAGCUGAAGCUGAGACCCUGCCUGCUGACGAUGUCCUGGGAGGCCCUGCAACUGCCCCCACUUCCGACCCCUCCUCAACCUCCGUAACAGAAGACGAGGCAAGUGACACAGAGGGAGAGGCGCAGUUGGAGGAUUCCUUGGAGACUCCAGCUUUCAGCAACAUAAUCUUCGACAACCAGCCUCCAGCCCAGCGCUGCCUGUCCACUGUGGAAGAAGGAGAGGAGGCUGACAUGGAGGGUGGCGCAGGUGAAGACACCACCCCGCCUUCAGCUACAUCGUUGGCGUCCUAUGGCUUCGACACCAUGACCACAGCUUCAAACUCCAACGCCCACUCCACAGGGGAGAGCUGCAUCAAAAGCCCUGGCAUCUUCUCCCUGGAGGAGCUGCCUGAGGAGGCAAAGGAGCCCUGUCUGAUGCCACAGCCUCAUAUAGAGCCAUGCCUUGCAGAGCAGCAGUACAUCGAAUGUGGGAAGCAGGAAGCGGAGUCUGGUGAGCCUGUCAAGGAGGAAGCGCCGGGGCCAGAGGAAGCCCACGACCCUUCGUCAACAGUGAGCACUUUGCAGCAACCAGAGGAAAACCCAGAUGACAUCCAGCCUCCCUACUAUUCUGCUAUCUGUGAAAAGACUGAGAACUCUUUUGCAGGCUUCACUGCACUACCGCACCCUCACCGCCGCGAUCACUCGGCUUACCCCAGAACCUACUGCGACCUCGUCAAACCUCUCACCGCCGCCGUCACUCCGCCAAAGCUCACCUGCGCUGACCUCCCACCCAGGAGCUUCGGCCAGCAGGCGCUGAGCCCACAGCUCCGCAGGUUGGAGCAGCACCAGAGGCAGCUGCAGGAGAUGCAGCAGCGCAGGGACCAGCAGAGCAGGCCGCUGGAGGAGGCCGAGCAGGAGAGGAAGAGGAGGGAGGAAGAGGAGCAGAGGAAGAAGAAAGACGAAGCAGAGGAAGAAAUAAAGAGGAAUAAAGAGGAGCUGGAGAAGAAGAUGCGAGAGCAAGUAGAGGUGAAAAAGAAGGAAGAGGAGGAAAAACUGAGAGAAGAGGAGCUGAAGCAGAGGAGAGACCUUGAGCUGCAGCUGCAGCAGCAACAACAGGAGCUGAAGGAGAGGCAGCAAAUCAUGCAGUGGCAACAAGAACUGCAGCAGUCAAAUAAAGGUCAGACAGUGCUGCUGUCCCCAUCCUCUGGCCUCUGCACCAUCUAUGAAGCCCUCGAGAAUAGUGACGAUGAGGAGGCUGAAGGGGAAGAAGAAGGAAUAAAGGAGCUCAACACCACUAAAGAGAAAAAAGAGCCCAGGCAAAAUACAUCAGACGAAGAGAUCGACGACUGUGAAAGGGUGACAUCCGAUAAAGACAAACAUCGCGACUCUUCGCCAUCCACUGAGAGCCCUCCUCCUCCUCCUCUCCCAGACUCCCCUCAGACCUCCAGCAACCCAUCCCAGGAUGGAGACAGCUCCUCCCCUUGCCCCCCUGAGUCUCCAGAGCGACCGCCACCCCUGGACCUGGACUGGGGGAAGAAGGUGGACAUAGUCCAGCAGCUGAUCAAUCAGACCCUGCUCCUGAACAGAGACGGCUGCUCCUCCCUGCUGCUGCUGCCAGGUGGCGCUGGAGGCACACUGAGCCCUCUGGAGAGCAGCCUGUGGCCCAGCCUGCUGCCGCCGCUCACCCCUCCCUCUGCCACAGUCACCUCUGUUAGUAGUUUCUCCCCAGAGGCCACUGGGAGCUCCCCACAGGGGGAGUGGACAGUGGUAGAGCUGGAGACACAUCACUGAGGGACAGGUGUGUGCACAACAUCGGUAACACCAGUAAUGUUAAACAUUUACACUCAUACAGGGACGACAUGACACAUUGCUGACCAUUUAUGCACACAUACACAUGGAAAUUCAAGUCUGGCGAGCUGAUCUGCAUAUAUAUAUGUAUA